AUGCCUGCACCAACAGCGAUCCCAUCGCCGCUGCCGGAUGAUCUGGUCACAACAUUGGUUUCAUCGGUAACAGCCGCAGUUACACAACAGCUUUCAGCGCUCCUACCGUCCCCUUCGACUGCUCUUCCAGGGAUUUGUCCGCCAUCGUCUUCGACGUAUCCUACGGUAGAGUCUUCAUCUUCUGCCCACGCAACAGCUUUGGUUCAGGGCGCACUUGGCGAAGCCCACUCCAACAUAUCAGGUCAGGCACAUCCUUUCACUAUACCGGAACAAUUGCUCCCCAAUCAGCCUUUUAAUUCCACUAGCUUGCCUCUCGAUGCGCGAGUUACCGACAAAAUUAAGGAAAAAAUAUGGAGGGAAGAGUUUGGUAAAACGCCAGUUUUACUGAGCAAUCCUGACCCAACCGCACGUUAUGAGAUCAACGUGUGGCCUUCGGACGCUGGCCGGCCUGCCUCGCUUGCUUUAGAACCGACAGCAAAAUCCGGCAAACAAAUAAAAAAUAUCAAUGAUUGGCUUCGUGCUUUUCACAUAUUUGUAUCUAUUUACACCCAAUGAUACACACAUGAGACCCCCGCGCUCAUGAAGUAUUGUCAACUAGUCCAAGAUUUGGCAGCGUGCGACCAUAAUUGGUUUUAUUAUGACGAAAAUUUUCGUUUUUUUGCGCCAAACACAGGCCUCACAGGUUCCAUGGGUGACCGUUCAUUGGGAAUUGUGGUUACGUUCGCAAAAUUCUUCGCCGCAUAGAUUAAGUAACGUGCCAACCGCGCAAAACGCUUCGCGAAAACCUCUGAUUUUGCCUUACCGAGGGGUUUCUGCUAUAAAUUUCACCACAGAGCCUACUGCUCAGGAUGCGAUUUCAAGCACGUUUGUUUUAAGUGUAGCAGAGCACAUUGUUCCGUUAACUGUAAUUUUCGCGGUUCAGCCAGAGAAUCUCCCAAUGAACGAUCGCCCAAGCCUGUUUCGCCCUCCGUUGCCAACACCGGUAAAAGUGUCUAAUCUAAAAAUUUUAUUAGAUGGCUAUGAGCUGCAUCUUGUUGAUAAUUUAAUGUUUGGUUUUUCAUUUGGUUUCCGUAUUCAUUUUCAAGGGGCUGAACGAUCAUUUGAAGCCCGCAAUUUGCGAUCAGCUUUGGACAAUCCUAAGGCAGUUGAUUCAAAAUUAAACAAGGACUUAGAGGCAGGUCGGCUUGCUGGUCCCUUUAUUUCGCCGCCACUUAAGUAUUUGGGUGUGUCACCAUUAGGCCUGGUUCCUAAAAAACAACCAGGCGAUUUUCGCACGAGUCAUCAUUUGUCCUUUCCGAACGGUACAUCAGUCAAUGAUGGUAUACCGGACAUUGAAACGUCGGUUCGGUAUGCCACUGUUGACGAUGCCAUUCGACUUAUAAAACAAGCUGGUCCGGGUUGUUUUUUUUGUCCAAAACUGACAUCAAAAAUGUGUUUCGAAUUAUACCUAUCAAUCCGGCAGAUUAUCAUCUUUUAGGCAUAAAAUGGCGCAAAUUUUUAUUACUACGACCGUGCUAUGCCCAUUGGCUGCUCGAGCUUGUGUCACACUUAUGAAACCUUCAGUACAGCGGUUGAAUGGAUUGCUCAAGAAAAGCUGCUUAUCGACAAACUACUUCAUUUACUUGAUGAUUUUCUGAUUAUAUCAUCUACUUAUUUUGUAUGUAAAGCACAUUUAGAUUUAUUUAUUAUUCUCUGCGAUUUUCUGGGCAUUCCCAUUGCACCAGACAAAACAUUUGGCCCAUCGAGCACUCUCACAUUCGCUGGUAUUGAGUUGGAUUCACUUAAAUGGGAAGCUCGCUUGCCUAAAGACAAAAUUGAAAAGUGCAUCCAAUGCAUUGCCAGCUUUUGACUCAUAAAAAGGUUACUCUAUAAGAACUUCAGUCUUUAAUAGGCUUACUUAAUUUUGCAUGUUCGGUUGUUACGCCAGGUCGCGUCUUUUUAAGAUGAUUAAUCGAUUUAACACGCGGAAUUUCACAGCCGCAUUUUUUCAUCCGGCUAAAUCGUAAUGUGAAAGGCGAUCUUCGCAUUUGGCAGACUUUUUUAUCUUCUUUUAACGGAAGAUCUUUAUUCUUGGAUGAUACCUGGAGUAACAACCAUAAGCUUAAUUUAUAUAGAUGCAUCUGGUGCCAUUGGUUUUGGCGCCUUAUUUGGACAUGAAUGGUGUUAUGGGAAAUGGCCGGAAAAUUGGUUGAAAUAUAGUAUUGCCGUGCUAGAAUUUUAUCCCAUCGUACUCAGCUGAUGUUUGUGGGGUCAGAAUGAAAAAUCAAUGUGUUCUCUUUUUUACGGAUAAUGAAUCUCUGGUUUCUGUUAUCAAUAAGCAAACAUCAAAAGAUUCUGACCUUAUGACCUUUGUUCGCACAAUGGUGCUCGUUUGUCUGCAAAAAAAAUUUUAUUUAAAGCAAAACAUAUCGCCGGUAGUCGCAAUGUCCUGGCUGACAGUUUAUCUCGAUUUCAGGUCCAAAAAUUUCUACAAUUGGCACCGGCACAUACGCAUCGUUUUCCAACGCCCAUUCCCUCUCACCUGCUGCCUGGAAAUUGGCCAAUAUAGUUUCUGAUUUGGCUCAGUCCAGUCUUCAACUGUCGUCCAUACCAACAUAUAAACGGGCUUGGACACUUUUCACGCAAUUCCAUAUCAAAAUUUUUAAUAACGGCUUAGUAGCUUUGCCUAUAUCACCUUCAGUCAUCACAUUAUUUAUCGCUUACUUGUUUGAUCUCAAGUAUGCGCCAUCCACAGUAAAUACAUAUGUGUCUGCGAUUGGUUAUUCUCAUAGAUUGUCAGGUUUUCCUGAUCCUACAAGAGUUUUUUUACAUCAUUCAAAUACUUAAGGGGUAUGGUAAAACAGGCUUCCGCUUAGAUAGUCGGUUGCCAAUAACACUGUCAAUUCUCAACCGCAUUAUAGGGGCGUUGCCUCACAUUGCUGGCUCUCAGUACCAGAUUUGUCAAUUUAAAGCUAUGUGCUCUUUGGCAUUUUUUGCUUUUCAGCGGAUUGGAGAACUUACUAUGACAACAUCAAAUAACCAACCCCUUCAAAUGCAUCAACUCUCACAUAUAUAUGAUACGAAUAACCAGAUCACAGGCAUAAAGUUAACCUUUGAAAAUUUUAAACAUAAUUACAACCAACAGCCUUUUAGUUUGGAAAUUUAUCGUCAAUCUAUGAUCUGCCCAGUGCAGUUAUUAAGUGAUUAUCUGGUUUUGUAUGGGAGUCGGCCUGGUGCUAUUAUUAUUUCACACCAAGGUAAUCCAGUAUCAUGUGAUGCAGUUGCUACUCAACUUCAGAGGGCUUUCCGGCAUUGUGGUCUGGACACUUCAAAAUACAAAUCUCAUUCAUUUAGAAUUGGCGCCGCUUCACAUGCAGCUGAGAACAGAUAUUCUGAUGCGCAAAUUUGUGCGUUUGGUCGUUGGUUAGGGUUAGGGUUUUAAUUCUUCCUUGAGACAAAUUGUUCUGUUUUAAAACUUGUUUUAUUGCUCUCUUUGUAGUCAUAAAAUGGACCAGCUGACCCCAUCAGUACGCGGAUAUAAAACAUUUUUUUGUUUUGUGCAAAUAAAAGAUGUUAUUUUCCCGAAAAUUCCAAAAAAUACGCCGAGAUCCUGGAUGAAAGAUAUCAAUAUUUCGUCCGUCCCUGCUUAUCCUGAAGAGAUUACCUGAAAUUAGUAAUUCCGAACUUAUCCGGGGCGUUUGGUUUGCUUGAAGAAAGGGAUCUCACCAAAGGACAGAAAGGAACUAAAGACGAAACAACGUUUCUCAACGUCCACUCCUGUAAAAGGUACGCAUUUUACAACUUUCGCUGCUGAUGUAAAAAUUACGAAAUUUAAUUUCAGAACACCGAUUCCGUGUGGGUUGUUUCAACCAAUAUGUACUUACAAUGCAGUUCGCCUGUUGAAUUGUAUCCAAACCUCCUGUCAUUCUUAAUUAGAUGCAAAGUCUGUUUUGCUGGUUGCAGAAUAUUCUGACGCCACAUCUGAGGACGAGUGCGCGGCCACCUCUGAACCACCUCUAAAGAAACGUAAAUAUCCGUCGUUCACAGGUAAUAACUUUACUAUUCCUUCAAUUAUUACAAUCUACUAGGAGGUUCAUUCAGCACAGUUCCUUUGAACGAGCACUGGCAAUUGGAAAUGUUUGACUUGAAAGAAACCUGGAUUGAAACACUGGCUGUGCCCUAUACUGGAUUUAACAAAGACCUAUUUUUUUAUUAGAUUUGGAACAUAGUCCGUGCAAAAGUGACAAGUCCCACGAUCUUAGCUCAGAUGUUUGGCAAGUUUUAGGUAAGUAAACAGCUCGAAUCUUCAUUUCUGAUGCCAGAUUGCAAGUGCGUACUGUAAUACUCCAUUUUACAGCAAUACUCAGCUUAAUCUUUUUGUCUGCUGUAGGCGACAUUGGAGAGACAGACCAUCGUUCACACGAGGAAUCUUCAAACAAUUCAGCUGGAGUGCAUACACGUAAGUAAAUGACUUGUUAUUUGAAGCCACGUGUAAAAUGUAAAGUACGUAUAGAAAUUGAUUGUACAUUAUUCAUUUUUUAUCAGAUGCUACCUCGCGUGGUCAUCGUGAAUUACAGCAACCGACAACUCCAUUAGGUAAGUUUGUCUAAAUAGCUUGAAUCUCAAACGUCUCGAGAGUGGAUGCGAAAUGAAGUCAUAGCUUGAAUCUCUAUUUCACUGCAGUGCUGAAUUUAUUCUUUUUUUCUACGUAUAGUCCACAAUGAAGAGACAGACGAUCUUUUGCACAAGGUAUCUUCCAACAAUUCAACUACAUUGCGACAACCGUCCCAUACGAGUAAGUAAAUGGCUCAUUACUUGAUGUCGCACACACGUAAAAUGUAGUAAAUUACGUAUAUUAACAGUCGAUUGUACAAUAUACAGUCCCUGUGAAUUACAGCAAUUGACAGCUCCUUUAGGUGGGACACACACACGCAUGCACUUACGUUUUUUCAUCACAGCCACUUCCAUUUAGCUUGUAGCAGGCAAUAGUCUAAUCUGCAGUCCUGGUGGAAACAGGCAGCAUGAUGGGGUAUGUUCCCUACCCCUUCACCAGUAUCCCUAGAAACGUUAAGAUGUGUAAGUUAUUUCCUUGAAGAGGACAUAUCAUUCCUUUCAAGCUUUCAGUGCAUGCUUGACAGCAUACGUUAAUUGUUCAUUGUUUGCUUGCUUGCUAGAUGUUGAAGACACAACUCAGGUUUCGGAGAGAAGCCUAUUGCAGAGGGGGUCUGCAUAUCGAUUGCAAGAUAAAGACAUGUCGCCAGAAUUGAAAGCAGAGGUAAAAAAUUUGAUUGAGUUUUACCGAAAACCAUUAAAUCCAAAUCGUGAUGGCAUGCCAUUAGCAACUUCAAUGAUUGAAAAGAUGGACAAAUGAUGCCGCUGUUUUCUUUAUUACGUUUGUUAUGUGCACAAAUCGGAGAAGCAGCUAACGCUUCGCUUGUGCAACGAUACAGAUUUAGUUCUACAGUACAUCACCUUCUUAAAGGACAAUCGGAAGUUAAAACCUUCCACGUUAAGUAGAAUAAUAAGUGUCCUUGUUAGCAUUGUAAAAUUUAAUUAUGGUAAAACAAGCAUCGAUCACAGUACUUUGCCAGAGAUAAUCUUUCUACGGCGCUUACAGAGUCAACUGGAGCGAGAGAACCGACUCUUGUCUCAUAAACGUAAAGAAGGUAUGUCGAAACAAGCGCGCACGUUUUACCACGCGAACAUCUUGGACGCACUAAAAAGCUUGCGUUGCAAGUUCGAAGAAUGUUCAGGCCCUCAACAGGUUAGACACCUGCAUGAUUUUUUGAUAAUUUCUUUAUUCGUGACCGUUAUGCCUGGCAGAUCAAAAGAAUUACGAACCUUACAAAUACAUGACGAAGGGCGGCAGGGUGAGUUCGAUAAGCAAUCUGCAUACGGAAAGAACGUUAUUAAUUUCGCCGUGAACGGUUCUAUCACUAUGUUUCAAACUGACUACAAGACUGCAGAUAAGUACGGAGCGGCCACUUCAACAAUUGAUAGCGAUGAAAUGCUUGCGUAUUACUUGAAAUUGUAUUUAAAGAAACGAAUUUCGUUGCUUGUAGGAAAGAGUCGCAACUACAUUUUCGUAUCCUACAAAGGGGAAGCAUUUUCGUCUAGCGGUCCGUUUUCAAAAUAUGUUAGCGACAUUUUCCAAAGCGAAGUUUCGAUUAGGGCCGGGACGACAGCAUUGCAACAUGCAAUUUUGACCUAUUUCAAUUCGCUUGACGAAUCAAAAGACGAAAGUUUGAGGGAGAGUUUGGCGACUUUAAUGAAACAUUCGGUACGCUAUCAAAAGACAAUUUACGACAACAGGUCCCAUGAAGAGCGGACAAAAUUAGGGCGAAAAUUUAUGCACGAGAACAUUUCAAACGGUGUUUUUUCAGAGGAAGAGGAGUGUAUUUCCCGUGAGGCAAAAGUUUGCGAUUCGGAUGACGAAACCAGCGUAGAACUUCCCAUUCGUAUAAAUGACAUAUGUUGCCUGUUAGAUCCGAUUUCAACACCACAAGACAUUCGGAUUUUUGUAGCAAAAGUUGCGAGAUUUUCAGCGGACCGGACCGAGGUGUAUUUAAUGCAUUUGGGAAAACGACGCGAUUCAAACAACUUGUACGCGUUUCGGCCAGGGGACAUUUGGAAGGAAAGCUGUAAAUCAUUAGUAUAUCCUGUCGACAUUGUCUAUAAUUCAUCCGAAAACGCAUACGAACUACGAACGACAAAACAAGCUUGUCUACAAAUCUGUCCAUGGCAACGGUCUUUAAAUUUGGUUAGAGCCCCGGGAUGCCUCAGAUACGAUUUGAGUUGGGAAGAAAAAGUGAAGUUAGGAUGCGAUGACUACGCACGUGCUUUCACUGAUAUACCUUCUUUACGUUGA